AUGUGCGUACGGAAAAAGAAAUUGAAAGACAGUGAAACGAAGGGAAGAACAGAUUUGAGCGGUCGACCAUCACAAACACCUCAGACACCACUUCCACCACCAGCUCCAACAAAAACGCUCACAGAAGAGGGCGGUAGCAUUCGCCAGGAAGGGAAAUCUUCUGAUAUUCAGGCAAAAGGUGAGGAUUUGUCUGGCAUGCAUUCUUCUGUAAGUGGACAAAAGACUGAUGCUUUCUGGACAAUCUUCCUCGAGUCUAAUCUCUUUCGAGAGUUACAGAAAGGACUCAGCUUGUUUUAUUUGGAAACUCAGAUACCCAGUUGCAUCUAUCUAGUUGUAAUUCCAGAUGAUAAGAGGGAGCCACUUCAGAUCAAGGUUCCGCCGCCGCGUGUCUUGAAAGCACGACGUGCCAUGGUUGAAGUGAAGGAGGCUCGCGAUCCUCUCUAUAAGACACUUGAACCGGACAUGAGCGAGUGGGAAAGCGUAAGGCUGUUGAAGAAAAGCGAAGUGAAUUUGGAAGAGCUUUUGAGAAAGGGCUCCAAGUACGAAGACGUCACUCAGCACUAA